AUGUCUCUGUCUACUUCCCCCACUGACGAGUACAAAGAUGACAUUCUUCGUCAUAUGUCGUGUAUGCAAAGAACCACCUGGUGCGAUCCUAACAUGAUUGACCUCCAGCCUGAACUGGAAUGGCAUAUGAGACCGUAUCUGUUAGAUUUCCUUGUGGAAUCCCACUUUGGCCUGGAGCUGAGUGCGCAGACCCUGUUUCUGGCCGUCAACAUCAUCGACCGCUACAGUUCUAAACGUAUCAUCUACAAACGUCACUAUCAAUUGGUUGGCUGUACUGCUUUGUGGAUCGCCUCAAAGUACCAAGACAAAAAAGACCGAGUGCCUACUCUGCAAGAGUUGAAGAUGCUUUGUUGUGGAGCCUAUGAAUCUCACAUGUUUGUACAAAUGGAGUCUCAUAUCCUCAGUACUUUGGAAUGGACUAUUGGCCAUCCUACCUGCGACUUGUAUAUUGAUAUCAACAUUGACGAUAUCAUCAAUCAAGGUUACAAGUACUCGAGUCAGGAUGUCGAGAUUAUUCGCAAUUUGGCCUUGUUUGCAUGUGAACUGGCAAUGUUUCACAAGUCGCUGUUGGUGUAUUCAUCGGCUACUAUUGCUACUGCUGCUGUUGCAUUAGCUCAUUGGAUCUGGUCUUAUAGCCGGUGCUAUAACACCCCUCCUUAUAUUUGUUCGGGUAUUCCAUAUCAUGGACCAGCCCCAAAUACUGCUGGUGUUGGCGACUCUUCAACUGACUCGUGCCUUCAACUCUUGACUAGUUGUCUUGCAUAUCCUUCCAACUGUCUGGAGAGAAAGUAUUCUAGAAGUCGUUACUGUCGUGUUUAUCAGUAUGCUUUUGACUUUUGUCAACGAUCUAAGAAUGCUGAUGCUGUUGCUACUCCUGCCACCACUGUCAGUGGUUCGGCCAGUAUUGCUAAUGGCUUGGCUACUCCUUGUGCAUCUACAGUUGCUACUCCUACCACGACCAGUUCGGUUGCUGACGACCUUCCUCCAUCUCCAUUGUCGGUCAACACUGCCAGCUCAGUCACUAGCUACGGUACUGGCACUAGCUACACCUUUUCACAGCCCCAGCAUCAACAUCAUCAACUUCAACAACAUCAACAGCAUUCUAGACCUCAGCCACAAUCACAACAAAUUCAAAUGUCAGUGCAAGUGCAAAUUCAAACAUCCAAUGCAUCACACGUUUCACACGUCUCUCACGUCUCUAACGUCUCAUCGCAUGCCUCAUCUUCACAACCGUCGCAUGCCUCGACCAUGUCGCACCAUCAGCAUUGUCAUCCUACCACAGGCACUAACUUGCCUUAUGCCUAUGCUACUGGUUUAGCAGGCAAGGACCGCUCCGGUGUACAACAGGCUACUGUCUACUACGACGAACAUCCCAGUGGAUACAUGACUCCUCCCUUUACCCCUGAAGAAGGUUACAGUCAUACUCAGUAUCUGGCUUAA